GUUGGCCUGUUUUGAGAGAUGUAACUUGCUGUACAAGUUCAGGAUUUUUUCUCUGUGGUUGAACAACCAGCUGCAGAAUAAAGGUUAGUCACCAUGGUCUCUUGCUACAUCAAUUAAAGUGUACCUUACUUGAACUAAACAGGCUCCUGUACAGGAGUUCAGGACUCUACCUCUGUGAUAAACACCAUGGCAAAUCCAGUGGCAAAACUAAAGCUGGACUACUCUUUCAAACAACUUUCACACAAGCUCAUUGUUUAUGAAGUGUAAUCCAUUCCAGCAGAAGAGACCAGACUCUUCAGGACUCAGGACUUCAGGACUGUUUGUGCAAUCUUUAAUAAUAUUCAACGAUGGAGACUCCUGAUUUGGACACAGAUAACUUGUCCCCGCCCUCAAAAACAUGUAAACACCAGGGAAAGGGAUCAGAAUCACCAGCACCCAGCUGUAUCUCCAUGAAGAGUGAUCAGUCUAGGGAGCUUCCUCUGGAGUUUAAAGAUGGAGACUCCUCACUUCUACACAGCUCCAGGGUCUGCAGUGGCUGUCAGUGUGGAGUUUCACAUGUUCCCCCCUUGUCUGUUGUUCCACAAAAGGCAGGAGACAGAAUAAGAAAGAUCAUCAGAGAUACAGGACACGACCAAGAAUCUGCUGCUGUGAAAGAAUUCCAGAAAGAGUUCAAAUUAAAUCUGAUGAAGAAGUUUCAGUGUUUGAAUGGAGUGAUAAUAAACCUGGGAAACCAAACACUCCUGAAUGAGAUCUACACAGAGCUCUACAUCACAGAGGGAGACAGUGGAGAUGUCAAUGAUGAACAUGAGGUGAGCCAGAUCGAGGCAGCAUCCAGGAGAACAACAACAGAGGACACACCAAUCAAAUGCAAUGACAUCUUUAAGCCCUUAUCUGAACAAAAUGAACCCAUCAGAACUGUGCUGACAAAGGGAGUCGCUGGCAUCGGAAAAACAGUCUCUGUGCAGAAGUUCAUUCUGGACUGGGCUGAAGGGAAAACAAAUCAGGACAUCCACCUCAUAUUUCCACUUCCUUUCAGAGAGCUGAAUCUGAUGAAGGACCAGAAACUGAGUCUGAUUGAGCUCCUUCAUUUCUGUUUUAAUGAAACAAAAGAAACAGAAAUGUCCAGGUUAGAAAAGGUUCUGUUCAUUUUCGACGGAUUGGACGAGUGUAGUUUUCCUCUGGAUUUCCAGAAUACAGUGAGAGUGUGUGAUGUUACUGAAUCAGCAUCAGUGCAUGUGCUGCUGAUAAACCUGAUCAAAGGGAAUCUGCUUCCCUCUGCUCUCAUCUGGAUCACCUCCCGACCAGCAGCAGCUGAUCAAAUCCCCUCUGAGUGUGUCCAUCGAGUCACAGAGGUACGAGGGUUCAAUGACCCACAGAAGGAGGAGUACUUCAGGAAGAGAAUCAGUGAUCAGAGCCUGGCCAAUAACAUCGUCACACACCUGAAGUCAUUAAGAAGCCUCUACAUCAUGUGCCACAUCCCAGUCUUCUGCUGCAUUUCAGCCACUGUUCUAGAGAGAAUGUUGGGUGAAGCAGAGAGUGGAGAGAUCCCCAAAACUCUGACUCAAAUGUACACACACUUCCUCAUCAUUCAGACAAACAUCAUAAGAGAAAAGUACUCAAAGAAGCAGGAGAGUGAUGAAGAAAUGCUUCUUAAACUGGGACAGCUGGCUUUUCAGCAACUGAAGAAAGGGAACCUGAUCUUCUAUGAGGAAGACCUGAGAGCGUGUGGCAUUGAUGUGAGAGAAGCAGCAGUGUACUCAGGUGUGUGUACGCAGAUCUUCAGAGAGGAGUUUGGGCUUCACCAGAGUAAAGUGUACUGCUUUGUUCAUCUGAGCAUUCAGGAGCACCUCGCAGCUCUGUAUGUGCACCUGACAUUCAUGAUGGAAAAGAGAAAUGCUCUUAGUCAGUAUCAGUUCUUUGAAAGAGGAAUGAGAAACAAUACAAUCUCAGAUGUACACAAGAGUGCUAUAGAUCAGACCUUAGAAAGUCAGACUGGACAUCUAGAUCUUUUCCUUCGCUUUCUUCUGGGUCUCUCACUGAAGUCCAAUCAGAAUCUAUUAAAGGCCUUAGUAACACAGACAGGAAGUAGCUCCCAGAGCAUAGAGGAAACAGAUCAGUACAUUAUCAAGAAGAUCAGUGAAGAUCUUCCUACAGAAAAAUCCAUCAAUCUGUUCCACUGUCUGAAUGAACUGGGUGAUGAUUCUCUAGUGGAGGAAAUCCAACACUACCUGAAAUCUGGAAAACAAAGUGAACUCUCUUCUUCACAGUGGUCUGCUCUGGUGUUUGUGUUACUGACAUCAGCACAGGAGCUGGAAGAGUUUGACCUGAGUAAAUAUUACAGUACAGAUAAGAUACCAGUAACUGUUCUUCUGAAGCUGAUCCCUGUGAUUGCAGCCUCUAGAAAAGCAAUUAUCAGGUGUGAUUCACUUGAAGUGAAAAGUUGGUCAGGUCUGGUCUCAGCACUCAGCUCAGAAACCUCCAAUCUGAGAGAACUGCAUCUGUCAGUGAAAACACUGAAUCUGUCCUGGAAUAAACUAGGAGACUCAGGACUGAAGAGUCUCUGUGCUGUACUGGAGGAUCCUCACUGUAAAGUGGAGAUACUGAGGUUACGUAAUUGUGGUGUCUCAGAUGAAGGCUGUGCUGCUCUGACUUCAGCUCUGAGAUCAAACCCCUCACACCUGAGAGAACUGGAUCUGUGCUGUAAUAAUGUAGGAGACUCAGGAGUGAAGUGUCUUUCUGCUGUACUGGAGAAUCCUCACUGUAAACUGGAGGCACUGGGGUUGUGCAAUUGUGGUGUCUCAGAUAAAGGCUGUGCUGCUCUGACUUCAGCUCUGAGUUCAAACCCCUCACACCUGAGACAACUGGAGCUGUCAUUUAAUACUGUAGGUGACUCAGGAGUGAAGAGUCUAUCUGCUGUACUGGAGAGUCCUCACUGUAAACUGGAGAUACUGAGGUUGUUUAAGUGUGGUGUCUCAGAUGAAGGCUGUGCUGCUCUGACUUCAGCUCUGAGAUCAAACCCCUCACACCUGAGAGAACUGAAUCUGUCUGAAAAUAUAAUAGGAGACUCAGGAAAGAAGCUGCUUUGUGCACUUAAGGAUGAUGAACAUUACAAACUACAGACACUGAUGUGAGUGAUGUGAGGUUUUUAGAUAAAUUUUGGAAAAAAUACCAGAUUAAUUAUUGAACCUCAUUUUCAUUAGUUUCAUUUCUCUUUACUUCCAAUAAAUAUCAGAUUACCAGGUUAGGAAAUAAAACCAGUUUUAGAAAAUUACACUAUAUUCUAUUUAAUCUGAUGUUCUCUACCCUAACAAUAGGUUUUAAUGCUUUUUUGUGUUCAGUAAAGUGUGUUGAUUUAAAAUUAAUGUGAAGGCAGAAGACAGGCUCUACAAAAUGUUAUAAAUGAGUGCAUGAGACUAAUUGUAAAUGAACACCUCAUGUCCUUGUGACAGCCUGCUAUCUCUGACUUAAUACUGCUGCUUUUGUCUGAACAAGAUAAUUUCUGAUUUCCCUGUUUCUGAUAAGCAGCACACUUUCUUCUCAACUCUCUUUAAAGCAAAUUAAAAUGAUAUUUUUUACACCACAGAUAUUUGAUUUAAGCAGCAACUUUACUCACUCGAACACUUCUUCCAGCACCCUACCUCCACACCAUGUCUUCUGUCAUUCUUGUAAAAUUACCUCAGCGUCUUCAUAAAUAUAAAUGUAGAACAAGAGCUAACUGAUACAGUAGUGUUCAUUAUUUAAAAAAGCCCCAAAGCCUGUGAUGGGUAAAUAUCUUCUACUAUGAAAAGAUUCUACUAAAUAAGAUAUACUUCAUGCUGUAGUGAAAAUGCCUGGUUUGUAUUUCUGUUUCAUUUCUAAAUGUUCUGUGGGUUAUUAUUAAGAAAGUGGCAAUUCGCAUUGGUUAUCUAACUAUCUAUUCAGCUGACAGAUACGAUGAGUAAUACUUUACAAUGAUGUUGUAUUCUGUAACAUUAGCUAACUGUAUUAGUUUACAAAAGAUAACAGUAAACAGUUUUCUAUAACUUAUUAAGCCUGGUUAAUUUUAAUUCCAGCAUGCACUAAUGCAUUUGAAACAAUAACAGUAGUAUUUGUUAACAUUGUGCAUUAACCACAUAAAGCAUCCACUAAUAACCUCCCCGGUCAACUUAGCGCUGAACCAUGCAGAGUACGUUUUUGAUUUGCUCCAACUUCACUAAAUACAAGACAAAUGCCGUUCACACUGUAUGAACGAAUGUUCCCACCUUUUCCAGACUGCAAUACGCUUUUACCACAUCUCUUUUGUAGAUACACUUGGUAUCAUCCAGAUAAUGGAUAAGUUACUUCAGUUAAACAUUUAAUGUUCUGUGUGAAACAUUGUUGCCUGAAAGUCUUAUUUAAAGGGUCUGGUAAUGCCACUUCAUCAUUUAUUUUCAGUUUUUGUACAUACCUUAACUGUUCAAUUUUAGCAAGACCUAAAACUUUACACUGGUAAUUUUGUUUGUCUGGAUUUUAAAAAUGGCUCCACUAGAAAUGCUUCAGGACAUGUGCAGUAGCAUUGCAACAUGUUUGUUAUUGAUUAUGUCCUUGAAAUUGUCUAUAAUAUAGUUUUAAUGGUUUAAUUGAGUUUUUUUUAUUGUUUAUGUAAUUAGUAUUUUUUUAGCAUUGUAAAAAGAAUUUUUUACACAUGCAUACUGUAGAUAUUUUCCUUGUCAUGUCAACACACACAAACACACACACACACACACACACACACACACACACACACACACACACACACACACACACCCACCACACUCAAUGUCAAAUUCACAGUCAUAUGAUUACUGAUUGCACACACUUGGACCAGUACCAAACACUAUAGAUUCAGCACUGGUUCAGCUCUGUAUUCACACCUGAUAUUCCCAGCCUUUGUUCGAUUUUUGUUUGUUUUUUUGGAUUCACAUUUUGUGAUUUUUCCUUGAUCUCUGACUGUACAUCGCCUGACCUUGUGCCUGUCUCUCGACCUUGAAUUAUGGCUAGUGUUUUUGGAUUGGUAGUAUUUUAAUAAAAGCCAUUCAUUGCAAUCAU